AUGCGCGACCUUCGCAAACAGGCUCUCGAGAGCCACAAGACUGUCUCGCGCAAGGCCCGCUCGCGCGUCGCAUCCACUACAGCCUCCAAAUCAAACUCGGUAGUCGCAUCGCCAGCACAGUCGCGUGCUGCCAGUCGCAGCCGACACGAUACCGACGACGAAGACGAGUUGAGUGACGGAACUGCAUGGAGCACCGCAUCUAUCGAUGAUAUCCUCAACGGCGAGGAUGUCAACAUUCCUGAAGAUGCAUGGAAGGCGGAGCUUCAUACGCGCAUCGAACAGAUUACCAACCUAAAGCGCAGCAGCACCGAUGGGCGCACCGAAAGCCUGAAUGCCUAUGCGCACAUACUCAUGGCCCGUUAUGCGAGAGACGAGAUCGAGGGCCGCACCCACGAGCUAGUUUCUUCUAUGCUUAGGAGCAUCAGACAAGAAACCACAGAACACGAGGCUGUAAAGGCCUUGAAAGCGCUCGCAGUCACUGCUGUUACUCUCGAUUCCGACUCCAUUUACGAUGAUGUCGCCGACCAACUCAAGCGAUCUAUCCAAUCAUCGUCCUCAAUCCCCGUCAAGGUCAACGCCAUUCAUACCCUAGGCACUACCGCCUUCUUCGCUGGCGCAGGUGACGACGAGAUUCUGGACAUUAUGAACCUUUUCCUUGAGAUUGUCGAGUCGGACGGUGCUUCUAUUGAUGCGCAAGAUGAAGGCGAGGUUGUGAUUGCUGCACUUGAGGAGUGGGGUCUGCUGGCGACUGAGAUCGAGGACCUCGAAGAAGAGACCGAGGCUGCCAUGGAAGCUUUCGUAGAGCAACUCGAGAGCGCAGACUCAGGUGUGCAAAUUGCAGCUGGAGAAAACAUUGCGCUUUUGUAUGAAAAGUCGCUUACUCCACAAGAGGAGGAUGAAGAGGUCGAAGAGGAUGACCGCGACGAUCCCGAGUAUGUGCGGGAUGGACAAAAGUUGGUAAAGCGCUACACGGUGUACCGAAGACAAGACCAGCUUCUACAUACCCUCGAUGAGCUUGCCAACGUCUCGACUCGCCGCAUAUCCAAGAAGGAUCGCAAAGCGUUGCACUCUUCGUUUGCAGACAUUCGCAACUCUGUCGAGAAGCCCAGUCGCGGCCCGGCGUACUCUAUGGCGCUGCACGAGGAAACUGGUAGAGCAUAUGGAUCUGGUAGGAUGAAAGUAAAGAUCAACAGGAAUGUUGAAGUUAGGAUUGAUAAAUGGUGGAAGUUGCAGAGACUCAAUGCACUGAGAAGGACGCUGCAGGGCGGCUUCACGUAUCACUACGAUCAGAAUGAGUUGGUUUCAACGACCAUUCCAUUCUCAAUGUCUGCCAGGCGGUAA